GCAGAAGCAGCGACGAAGACUUGCGACUUCCUUCCUGUGUCCUUUUCCUGAACGUUAAGAUUUGUCAAAUGGAGAUGUUAAAAGUAAUGGAUUAUACAGUGGAGAACAUAGUCACGGUUCGUGAGUCACGAAACCGAUCAAUACAGUCUUUAACUCUACACAACCUAACCUAACUAAUGUCAACGCAUAGCGGAGAAACAAAGCGGCGUAUUUCCUCUUCUCUCCUUAAAAAUGAUUCUGUCGAGGUCGAAGCCUGCGUCUUCGAUUGGCGGGAAAAAAGCGACGGCGAGAAAGGAAGUUCCUUCCCUGGAAGAGUUUUUGCAAAAAAGAGAUUACACGGGCGCGUUGACUCUUUUGGAAUUUAACGGCAGUAUUAAAAAGACCGUCGACACAGACUUGUGGAUGGCUUACUGCGCUUUUCAUGCCGGAGAUUACAGGAAGGCGGCAAAACUCUACGAGAACUUGAAAAAAGAAGACGAGGGGCCGCCAGACGUGGCGACUAAUCUGGCGUGCUGCUUUUUUUACCUGGGAAUGUAUCCUGAGGCGGGAAAUCUUUUAAACGAAGCCCCGGAAAGUCGUCUGAAGACUCGACUGGUGUUUCAUUUGGCGCACAAAAUGGCGGACGAGGCGAGAUUAAUGGAGUGUCAUCGGAUGCUGCAAGAUGAUAUCGAGGACCAGCUCAGCUUGGCUUCUAUUCAUUAUCUCCAGUCGCAUUACCAGGAAGCCAUCGACGUUUACAAAAAGGUUCUCCUGGAAAGCAGGGAUUAUUUGGCGCUAAACGUUUACGUGGCUUUGUGCUACUACAAGCUCGAUUAUUACGACGUCGCUCAGGAAGUUCUUCAAGUUUAUCUGCAAAAAUAUCCAGACAGUGCUAUUGCGACCAAUCUGAAGGCUUGCAACCAUUUCCGGCUUUACAACGGAAGUGCGGCUCAGGCGGAAAUGAAGCAGCUCGUCGAUAAGAUCUCUAACUCCUUCAGCUUUGGCCAUGACUUGAUUCGUCACAAUAUUGUGGUUUUCCGGGGCGGAGAAGGAGCUCUUCAGGUCCUGCCGAGUCUGGUGGACGUGAUACCGGAGGCCAGGUUGAACCUGGUGAUUUACUACCUGAAACAAGACGAGAUCGGGGAAGCCUUUGAAUUAAUAAAAGACUUGGAACCUGCAGUUCCACAGGAAUACAUUCUGAAAGGCGUCGUUUACGCAGCCAUGGGUCAAGAAACGGGCUCCAGAGAGAACGUCAAGACGGCGCAGCAAUAUUUCCAUCUGGUCGGCUCUUCGGCAUCGGAAUGCGACACAAUACCCGGAAGACAAUGCAUGGCCUCUUGUUUCUUCCUUUAUCGACAGUUCGAAGAGGUCCUGGUUUACAUGAACUCCAUAAAGACUUAUUUCUCUAACGAGGACUGCUUCAACUUCAACUACGCGCAGGCGCAGACCGCCGCGGGAUACUUCAAGGAAGCGGAAGAAGCUUUCUUGAUGAUCCGAAACGAGAAAUUGAAGAACGAUUACGUGUACAUCAGUCUCUUGGCUUAUUGUUACGUGAUGAACAAGAAGGCUCAGCUCGCUUGGGAGUUGUAUCUCAAGAUGGACACUUCCGCGGAGUCGUUCAGCUUAUUGCAACUUAUUGCUAAUAGUUCUUACAAACUUGGUGAAUUUUGGUAUGCUGCGAAAGCUUUUGAUAUGCUGGAGAGGAUGGAUCCUACCCCUGAAAAUUGGGAGGGGAAACGAGGGGCAUGUUGCGGAACCUUUCAGUACAUUGUUGCUGAAAAACAGCCAAAGGAACUGUUGCCGGAAGUCAUCCAGCUUUUACGGAAUACUUCAAAUUCUCAAGUCGAACAAAUUAUUCGAGUUAUGCGCAAGUGGGGGAAAGACAACAGAGUGAAUUGUUAAUAAUUAUUACUUAAGAAUGAUUAUUUGUAAAGAAGAUAUUCGACAAUAUCGGACCUAACCGUCCAACGAGGAAUUAAUUAAUUAACAUCGUUUACUAAAUCCGUCCAUAUUCAAACUAAUUGCAUUAUUAUCGUUAAUCGAUCAUAAAAAUACCAUAAAUAUUGUUACUAAUUUAUAACAUUCAAGGAAACUUAACGUUAUCGAGGAAUAAGAAACGAGCUCAACUUUAAACAUUUCUCGAGUCUCGUUUUUUAUUAUAACAACAUUCACUUGUUUUAUAUUUUUCACGAUAUUUGCAAGCUGCAAAUUAUUUGUUAACCUCGCAUUUAUUUAAACAUUUCAAGGGAGAUAAUUGGGGAAAAUGGUAAAAGUUGAUAAAUGUUGAAAAAUAGAAGACUGGAGAGUGAGGUUAGGUUUAAUAUAAAAUAGAUAUAUAUUUAAACUGUGAUACACACUCAUUUCCACGUUAAUGAAUAAUCGUCAAUUAAUUUUUAACAAAGACAAUAUGUGAAAUAUCCGAGACACUAAUCCACGGCGAAUUAUUUAUUUAACACGCUCGCUCGUCAUUCUUCAUAGAAUGAUUCUCGAAUUUCCGGUCGUUUUUUCAAAAUUCCCCAAAUUUCGGAAUUUGCAAAAAACGUCAAAUUGGAAAAAUCUUUUUUUUUUAUAAAUCGUCGACCGGAAACUCGAGUGAACACAAAAAGACGGAAAGUUUUCACGUUGUUCUUCAAAAAUUCAUUGUUCGUUCGAAACGAAAAAAUCGUUCGAUCUG